GUAACACUCGGUGGUCUCUAAAUGCAGUGAUUAAUCGGACUCGACUGGCAUAAUAAGACCAACACGCUCGAACCCCAGGCACCCACCAUGCAAUACGUGAGGGCGUGCAGACACACAGCUGGAGACACACACCGAGUUGCAAGCGGGAAGCCAGGAGUGACUGAGUCAUCACGUCUCGUCGCAUAUCGAGACACACACACACACACACACAGGGGCUAGCAGAAGAAGGCGGGAAGGAAGCAAACCAAUCGGAACAGGUAUGCACACGAGAUACAGGCGACCUGCGCCACCCACUACACUUGACAAAAGGGGCCUUGGAAAGGUCACUGACUGCACCAACUGACUACCACGUCACGCCUGCUUCGCAGCCAUUCUGCACUGCAGCAACAUGCCCGCCCCCACACACAGGCCGGCACCAGCAAUGGCGAGGAGCGUCUUGGCUGCCAUGGGCAGGUCCAUCUUGACUCCCGGCCAGAUGCCGUCGAUGGUGGCGAAGUAGUCGCCAUACUUCUCACCCCGCCGGAUGCGGCGGAAGACCAGUCGGUCCUUGGUGGCGGGGUCGACCUUGUACAGGUACUCUGCCGACCGCAACUUGCCGUUGUACUGGAACCCCAUCGAAUGCCCAUGCGCACCUGCACAAACACACCAACACCAACACCAACACAUGCAUCCGUGUGAUUGAUUGCUAUGGGAGACGGUGUGGUUGGGGUGCGUUGGUUACCGGCGUCGUGUAUGACGGCGAUGUCGCCGAUUGACGGGACGGAUGGCAGGGGGCGGUCGAUGGCGAACUUGUCGUUGUUCUCGCACAGCCCACCCACUAUGUCAUACACCGCCAUCGACUUGCCCACAGCGUCCGCAGGAGUGUCAUCCUGACCAAAGAAACAGAGAGACGCACACCAAUACCCAUAGCAUGAGUGAUAGACAGGUCUUCGAAGAUUCGAUACUCACAAACAAUGGCGUAGGUAGGUAAUCCUCUGUCACCUACCUUGUUUGCGAACAGGUUUCUCUUCUUGGGGGUGUCCUUGGGCAGUGCCUCUGGCGGGGUGGGCACGAAGGUCACGUGAUGGUAGGCCGUGUACAUGCCGGGGCGCAUCAGGUGAGCCAUGUUGGCGUCCAAACCUGAUGGAUGGAUGGACAGACGUGUCUGUCUGCACAUUGGUAGGUGGGUGGGUGUCGUGUCACGUAACAUACACCCCUCCCUCCCUUCCUCCCUCCCUUAAGUGACGCACUCACUCCCUCACCAACCGAUGUAGUUUUUGUAGGUGUUUUUGUGGUGCACGACUCGUGCGAUGAGGAAACCGUUUGGUCCCGUGAUGAAGCGGCCGUUUUCCAUGACCACACGUACCGCCCCGAACCCGUUGGCUUUGAGGACCUUGUCGUACUCAGCCGCCACGCCAGCCGCCGUGCUCUCCACAUCCAUCUCGGCCUGAUCUGUGGGACAGACAAUACAGCACAGCCCGCACAAGCACAAGGAAGGUGCACACCAGUGAGUGCCCUUGCCUGUGCCUGUGUCAUUCAUUCAUUCUGUGUUGGUCGAGGCGAGGCGAGCGUACCAGGUUUGUAGUUGACGCCCAGCCCGCCGCCCAGGUUGACCAUCGAUAUCUCCACCCCACAGGCCUUGUUGAUCUCCACCACCAGCUCAAACAACAUCCGCGCCGUCGCCACAAUCUCACUCGGCUCCGUGCAGUUGGACACAACCAUCGCGUGCAACCCAAACCUGAUACACACAAGACAGACAGACAGACAGACACACACAUGUGAUGUGUUGUACGUGGGCUGCCUGCCUGCCACUGCAGUUGCUGACUGACCUCUUGACCCCCCUCUGCUUGGCCUUGGUAUAUGCCUGGAAGAGCUGGUCGCGUGUGAGUCCGAACUUGGCCUCCUUGGGGUCGCCGAUGAUGACAUUGCCGGCCCGGCGCGGCCCGGGGUUGUACCGAAACGAGAGGAACUCUGGCAGCCCGAUGGAGUCGUGGAGGUAGUCGAUGUGGCUGAUGUCGUCGAGGUUGAUGAUGGCGCCCAGCUGCUUGGCCUUCUGGUACUCGUUGAUGGGCGUGUUGUUGCUGGUGAACAUGAUCAUGUCGCCACGCAGCCCCACGCUCUCCGCCAACAUCAGCUCGGCGAGGCUGCUGCAGUCAGCGCCCAGGCCCUCGUCCUUGAGCAGCUUGAGCAGGUGCGGGUUCGGCGUGGCCUUGACGGCGAAGUAGUUGGUGAAGCUGGGCGACCAGCUGAAGGCCUGCUUGAGCCGCCGGCAGGUGGAGCGGAUGCCGUCCUCAGAGUACAUGUGGAACGGAGUGGGGAACCGCUGCACGGCGUCGAUGAGCUGCUUGUCUGUGAAGGGGAGGGACUUCCCGGGGGUGCCAGAGGGGGCCUUCUGCUCACCACCCAUGGCUCACACGGUCGACACUCCUCGGUAGACAGAUAGAUGUGGCUUCUGAAUGAAGCCCUCGACACUCGUGGGUAGACACAGAUAGAUGCGGUGCUUAUGACCCAGUUGCCAAAGAUGGCCAAUGAGAACGCUGAGGUGGUCCUUCCUUGUGUCCUCUUCCUUCUUCUCUCUCCUCCCCUUCU